ACGACCGCGCCACCUCCCUCUUCUCUCUUUCUCCUCUUUCCUAUUCCUUACCUGCGUCCCACUCUUCCCCUCUCAGAUGAUCCCUCCUUUCUUCUCUGCUUUCUGCAAAACUUGCUUCGGUGCAAUCACUAACUCUUCCUCUGAAUAACAAAACCCUUCCUUCUUCGCUUCACAAAUCUUUCAACCCAUCCCCUUAUCUCUUUCCGCUCUUCCCCAUGAAUAUAUAGAGCGUCACUUGUGGUCCUGAUCCCGUGCUCUAAACGUUCGCAAUCUCUUCUCAGUUUUAGGGUUUUAAGUUGUUGCCUUGUUUAUAGAUAACGUAGGGUUUCCUUUUCUGGUCUUCUUCUCUUGUGUUUUAGUGGUCCAAACUGUUGCUUAGUCGGAUUGAUUAGUUGGGAGAGCUUGGUAUUAGAAUAUUGGAUGGAGGAAUAUAAUAAUAAUCUGAGCGAAAACAAUGGUGGGAGGGCUAAUUUCUUGUACUCUUCUGGUGGUAUUGGGUACGGAAGAAGUAGCAGUGGGGGUUCGAGCGUUGCUCAUCAGUUGCCCAUCAAUACUUUCCAUCUUCAGUCCGGUGCUUCCGACUGCUUUCAUCAAUCCGAUCAGGCUCACCCCACUGUUAAAACCGAGGCCAAUACCUCACACCAUGCUCAGAUUUUUCAGUACCCUCUACUCAGAGGAAAUCUUCACAUGAUGCACCACCAAGGAGGAGGUGGAGACAGCUCCAACGAGGUUGAAGCUAUCAAGGCUAAAAUCAUUGCUCAUCCUCAGUAUUCCAAUCUUCUACAAGCCUACAUGGAUUGCCAAAAGGUGGGAGCUCCACCGGAAGUGGUGGCGCGUCUGGCUGCUGCUCGCCAGGAGUUUGAGGCACGGCAGCGAUCUUCAUCCGCUUCGAGGGAAGUUUCGAAGGACCCUGAACUGGACCAAUUCAUGGAAGCUUAUUAUGACAUGCUUGUGAAGUAUCGAGAGGAAUUGACUAGGCCUAUCCAAGAAGCCAUGGAUUUCAUGCGCAGGAUUGAAACUCAACUCAAUAUGCUUUGCAAUGGAUCCCUCCGCAUCUUCGCUGAUGAUAAAUGUGAAGGGGUUGGUUCGUCCGAAGAGGAUCAAGACAAUAGUGGCGGAGAAACAGAAUUGCCUGAGAUUGAUCCCAGAGCUGAAGACCGUGAACUUAAGAACCACUUACUGAGGAAGUAUAGCGGUUACUUAAGCAGCCUCAAGCAAGAACUUUCCAAGAAAAAGAAGAAAGGAAAACUGCCCAAAGAUGCUAGGCAAAAGCUACUCAACUGGUGGGAAUUACACUACAAAUGGCCCUAUCCUUCGGAGUCAGAGAAGGUGGCGUUGGCUGAAUCAACUGGAUUGGACCAGAAGCAAAUAAAUAACUGGUUCAUAAAUCAAAGGAAGAGGCACUGGAAGCCAUCUGAAGACAUGCAAUUCAUGGUGAUGGAUGGGCUUCAUCCACAGAACGCAACUCUCUAUAUGGAUGGUCACUACAUGCCAGAUGGUCACUACCGUCUAGGCCCAUGAUGUGUUUCAUCUCACCUGCAAGCUAUUGCAUUAUAUAUAUUGAACGCUAGCAUGGUCAGGACCUGAACAAGAAAAGGCCACGAGUUCCAAACAAGGGAGACGAACGCAUUUAAAGUGGACUGUGCAGUGUGAUGGUGUAAGCAUUGGUAGCUUUAUAUAUAUAAAUAUAUAUUAUAUUUAGAACGAAUAUUUCUGCAGCUGGCAUUUUCGGUACACUUAUGAGCUCCGAUCGGGUAGCAAUAAGUAAUUCAGACGUUGUUGGAUAUUUUGAUGUUAUAAGAAGGAUGUGUCGUCGUUGAUGUACUUUUGUUUAUCGACUUGUCUGAAGAAUCUAUAGUAUGUAAUCUUGCUGUGUGAUUGAUUGGAAGCACAAGGGAGAAAACUAUUUGCCAGGUGGAGCUGCUGCACCAGAUUAAGCUUACCAUUUCAGUCAGGGGAGCUACUAGCUAGCUUUUUAAGUGUACAUAAUGGUGAAACUUAUGGUGAUUCAAUGUUUCGAAACCCUCCUUCAUGUUUCACUACAUAUAUAUUGCACGAAUUGACAUUUCAGCUA